AUGCCAAGCCACCGAUUGUUCCAGCUUCCGAAGCCGCAAUGGCUGAACAGUGCUAACAUGCGCACUUCUGGUGUCUAUCUUUCUGGUGCUUUGUUUGCUCUCGGCCUCUUCUUCUUCGUUGAUGCUGCCGCAUAUUCGCAUUCGCCGAAGAAUGGAUCUGAUGUGCACAUCAAAUUCAUCGACUGGAUUCCAGGGAUCUGCUCAACGCUCGGCAUGCUGGUGGUUAACUCGAUCGAUAAGACCCGCUUGACUGGAGAUGAUGGCUUCAGCUACUCUGGGAAUGGAGUAGCCUGGAAGGCGAAGCUAGUGCUCUUCUUAGGAUUUGCAUUGAUGGCCGGUGGACUCGCUGGUUCGGUGACCGUCAUGGUUCUCAAAUAUGUCGUGCCUGACUAUCCCUUUCCGACACUCUAUUUUGGGGUUGCGAAUGUCAUCGCCAAUGGAUUGAUCAUGUUGAGCUCGGUUGUUUUAUGGAUCUCGCAGAACAUGGAAGACGACUAUACUUAUAACCUCGCCCUCUAA